CGAAAAUAGAAAAAUAUGGCUGCAAACGCUCUCUCGAAAUUCUCCCGUGUAUUUGGUCGCAAGUCGGCAGUAGUCAUCGGAAUGAUUCACGUGCAAGCACUCCCAGGAACACCCAGGAAUCACCUAUCUAUGACUGAAAUAGUAAAUAUGGCACGCACUGAUGCAACAAACUAUAAAAAUGCUGGAGUGGAUGCUAUUUUGAUGGAGAACAUGCAUGAUAUUCCAUAUCUAAAUCGACAUGUUGGACCAGAAAUUGUUGCAGCCAUGAGUGUGGUUUGCAGUGAAGUCCGAAGAGUGGUGAAUAAUUUACCGUGUGGUAUUCAGAUAUUGGCUGGGGCAAACAAGGAGGCACUGGCUGUAGCAAAAGCAGCGGACCUGCAAUUUAUUCGCGCAGAAGGAUUUGUUUUUUCACACAUUGCAGAUGAAGGCACAAUGAAUUCUGAUGCUGGUGAACUGCUUAGGUACAGGAAACAAAUUGGGGCAGAUAAGAUUUUAGUUUUCACUGAUAUCAAGAAAAAGCACAGUUCCCACUUUAUAACAUCUGAUGUGGAUAUUCUGGAAGUGGCUCAAGCAGCAGAGUUUUUUCUCUCAGAUGGAGUGAUACUGACAGGAAAAGCAACAGGUGAAGCCACAAGCUUAAAAGAAAUGCAGUAUGCCAAAGAAUCAGUGAACAUUCCUGUUUUAAUUGGUUCUGGGGUGGAUGAUAAUAACAUAGAACAAUAUCUUGGUGCAAAUGCAAUGAUCAUUGGUUCAUACUUCAAGGAGGAUGGCCAUUGGACAAAUCCAGUGAGUUUUAAAAAGGUUCAUGCCUUCAUGGCUAAAAUUGAGAGAAUGAGAAAAUGAUGAUAAAUUGAAAUAAUAUUCCUUAAAAUAUUUUAGCAGCUUAUGACAAUGUUUCUAAGAUCUUUUAAAAUCUCCAAUUGUCUGCUAUAUUCUUUAAAUGUCUUGUACAAGGAAUUUUUACUGGUACUUAUUAACAACCAGUGCAGACCUUACAAAGAUAUUUAGUAAGAGUUUUGACAAUUUUUUCCAAGUUUUGUAUUAAUCUUUAGAAAUCUUAGACAUAUAGAGGAUCAUUGGAAAAAAAAAGCUAUAAAUAUAAAUUUAAAAAUACAUGAGCAUGAAACAAAAGUCCUAAAUUGUAAUUCAAAAUUCCUCCAUUACAGAAAUUUAGUUAACAAUUUGUUUUUUGAUUUUCUCAUUUUCAUAAGUUUAGCAAUAACAAAUUAUUAAUAUAUAUUAAUCAAAAUUGUAACUUUUGGUGGGUGUUAUUUAUUUAUUUAUUUACAUGUGAUAUAAAGAGCUACUAAUUCAAGGAUUAUAAUGGUAUAACUAUCUCCUCAGUGUGUAAAGAGAAACUAAAAUGGUUGUCUGCGAUAGUUUGUUGCCAUCUCAGAUUCUAAGAAACCUGUUUUAUCAAACUAAGACAAUUUUUUGUUUUCAAUUAUUGUCAUGUUUUCUUGCCUUACACUUUCUGGAACUAGAAUGUUUAAGGCUCACAACUUUGAAAAGGUAUCAUCAGUAAGGUGCCUCUGGAAUUACCAGUCUUCCUUAAGUCGUAAUUGUGGUAACAAUCCUUACACAGAGGUCAAGAUUUGUAUUAACACCAAAAAAAAAUGCUCAAGCUUGAAAAAGAAAGAAAGAAAGAAAGAAAACAGUAAUAGUCUAAACUUAAAUGAAGUAAUGCCUAGGCACUAGACAAGUGAGCCACAAAAACCAGAUAAAUACUUUUUCCAUUUAUAGAAACUGAAAAAUGAUAUAAUGUGAGCUAAAUGUUCAAAACUGAAAAACCACAGUGGAAUAUUUUGAUGCCAAGAAACUUGAGAUGUUGAAUGUAAAAAGUGAAAAAUUGCCUCACCUUUGGAGCAAAAAAAAAUGUAAACCAUAGAUAUCCAAUGGCUGCCUCUUGGGUAAUUUUAAUUCUUUUCUAGAGCUUCAUUACUAAUUUCAUUGAGAGUUUUUGGUCACUAACUAUCUAUACCUUCUAAACAUGAUGGGCAAACUGGUCCAUUUAAAUUAGUAAACAACUUUACUUUCUUACCCCAGGGGAGAGACAAUAAAUCAUCAGAAUAGACAAUA